AUGCUGAAUAAUUUAUGGUUUACAUGUCCGAAUAUAAAGAAAGUUAAAAUAUCUAUAUUAAAUUUCAUAUAAUUUUUAUUAAGGUUCUAAUAUAGAAAUAUGGUCAUUUAAAGAACUUAUAUAAGUAUUAUUAUUAAUAAAUAAAAAAAGCAAAUUAUAUAAUAAGUAUUUUAAAAAAAAAUAAAAAAGAUUCAACAGAAAAAAAAUAAAUAUAAAAUAAAUAAAAUAAGCCAGAUUAAGAAAAAAUGUUAUAAGAAAGUUAACAAUAAUAGAUUUAAAUAAAAUAAUAAUAAUAAUAACAAAAAUAACAAAAAUAAUAAUAAUAAUAAUAAUAAUAAUAAAUAUAAAAAUAAUAAUAGUAAUAAUAAUAAACAUAGCAAGUUAAUAAUAUUAAAUAAUAAUAAUAAAAAAUUAUGUAAGAAAUCUCCUUAAACUGUUCUUUUUAAUUAAAUCGAUAUAAGAAUUUAAAUUAUAGACCAUGAAAUUAUACAAGGAUCAAUUUUGAGAGGAGGAGCUUAUGCAAUUUAUCAUAUUAAAACAUAUCCUUUAAAUUGGAAUGUUAAAAGAACAUAUAAUGAUUUUAUUUGGUUAUAAAACAUUUUAAUUAAAAUUUAUCCAGGAAUUUCUGUUCCUUAAUUACCUGAAACAGUUAUUCAAUUUAUGGAUGAUAAACUUGCUAAUAAAAGAAAAGCCUAUUAUGAAAGAUUUUUAUAAGAAAUUACAAAUUAACCUUAAUUAAAAAACUCUAAGUAUUUUUGUGAAUUCUUAUAAAUUUAAGAUAAUGCUCUUUUUAAAUAAAUUGUAAAAGAUUCUGAGAAAAUUAAUAAACCUAAAAAAUUGAAUGAAUUAGAAAACACAGAAGGAAAAUACUUUAUAAAUAAAGAUAAUAAAAGCGAUACUAAUGCUUAAAUAAUUGAAUAAUAUUUUUCCUAAAAUGAUGUAUUUUAUGAAAGACUUUAGACUUUAUCAAAAUAAUUAAUAAAUGGUUAUAGAAUUAGAAGAUACUUACAAAUUAAUGAAUAACAUUAGUGUUUUGGAAGGAAAUUAUAUAACUAAUUAAAUAAAAAUGUUUGA